CAAGCGGCCGACAGACAGCCAGCCAGCCAUUCGUUUCUCAUUUCUCAUUCGUUUUUCAACGGUCAAAGUGGUAGCAACGGUCCCUGAGUUCUGUGCGUGCGUGUGCGGGACCAAUUCGCAGCCUUUUCGAAAAUGACCCCACUGCCCCGUGUUGAUAUUGAUCAGCCCAAAUAUGACCAGAGCACCUAUGUUGGCAGGGCCAAGCAUUUCUUGCUGGUCACCAAUCCGCUCAACGUGCUGGCCACCAACACGAAGCUGGAGCAGGCCCGCCAGAUCGUGCUGAAGUACCGCGCCGGCAAGGAGGUGCCCGAGUGCCGGACGCUUGAGGAUGUGUGGAAAGCAAAGUACCUGUAUGACUCGGCCUUUCACCCGGAGACGGGAGACAAGCAAAUCAUAAUUGGGCGCAUGUCGGCUCAAAUGCCCAUGAACAUGCUCAUCACUGGCGGCAUGAUGGCUUUCUACAAGAGCACCGGCGCCGUUGUCUUCUGGCAGUGGAUGAAUCAAACCUUCAAUGCCAUCGUCAACUACACAAACCGCUCGGGCACUUCGCCCCUUAGCAACUCGCAACUAUUGACCUCGUACUGCCUGGCCACUGGCGGAGCACUGGCCACGGCGCUCUCUCUCAACCGGGCCGUGAAGAACAUGAAUCCACUGGUGGGUCGCAUGGUGCCUCUCGUGGCUGUGGCAGCCGCCAACUGCAUCAACAUUCCCUGCAUGCGAAUGCAGGAGAUUCGCAAUGGGGUCGUGUUGCUAGAUGAGAAGAACGCCGAGGUGGGCGUGUCCCAGAAGGCCGCUUGUGUCGGCAUAUCGGCGGUGAUAGUUAGUCGAAUUUGCAUGGCCCUUCCAGGAAUGACGUUGACUCCGAUGCUCAUGAACGUACUUGAGAGGAAAGGGUUCCUAGCCAAAUACCCGAAAUCGAAUGCUCCAAUUCAAACUCUGUUCUGCGGGUUCGUGCUCAUCUUUGCCACACCCCUGGGCUGUGCGUUCUUCAAGCAGCGGGCUGCCAUCAAGGUGGCAAGCCUGGAAACCGAGGUGCGCGAAAACAUUGAGAAGAAACGUCCCGAGCUAGACACCGUGUGGUACAACAAGGGCUUGUAAGCCGGCCAACUACGAGCUUAAAUAAGACAAUAUCUUGGUUAAGACUUUUAUUUAUUUACUCAUUGUGCAUUUAGCAGAGCAGGAAUUUUUUAUUCACAAAUAUACCUAACGGUAGGGAUCAGAUAAGGAAUAACUUCUUCGCAUGGCGCUUUCAUUUACGUAGCUAUGUUUGUAUGUAGUUUGUUUACUCUUAAUAUUACUCCUCAUUGUUGAUGUACCCUAUGCGAGACCCCAAAAUGAUACUCCUGAAUUGAUGUUGUCUGUAUAAAAAAAACAAAAUAAUAUUAACUAAAACAAAGUCAAUAAAUUUCUGUUACACGUUGAAUC